UCUUUGAAAUGCAACAAACUUCGUCAAGUUUGGUGCAGUGGUUGCCGAGAAAAACGAAUUGUGCGUUUACGUCCGAGCUAAAGCUUCCUCUUUGGCAGGGUCGCGGAGUCGCUCGGUUUCGACGCAGUAGACAGCGCUACAGCGCCAUCGUCAGCAACAGCAUUUGAGAAGGUAAGUUGGUUCUUUAGAGAGUAUGUGGAGGGUGGUAGUUGAUUUUCGAAUUCUGUGGUUUCGACGGUUUCGAUGUUGUAACGUCUGCUGUGCUUUAUGGUUAAUUCGUGAAUGAGCUGCUAUGAACGUAAUUUCUGCCAUUCUGUGGACAUUCAGCAGCUUGACCGAUGGCUGCAUUGCUGCUGUGUGCUUAUUUCUGCGGGCCAACGAACUUCUUGGAAGCAUUAUCCUUGAUGCCUGCUUCUAUGCAACGAGCGUGCUUCGUUGUUUCGGGAAAUGCUUGUGCCAAGCUUACACAGAACUUACCUUCUUCUGUCAGGACAUCGUCUCUUUCGUCGAUUUCAUCGUCAACGCAACCGACGCAAUAGUCCAUGGCAGUGUAGACUGCAUUGUCAGGACUUUAUAUGCCCUGCUUCGUUUAGUGGCUUUUCUGAAGACAAGUUUUGUGAACGGAUACAACGGAGUGGUCUCAACAGCAUCCGAAGUUGUGUCGUCAUGCCACAGUUUCGUGGCACUUCUGCUGAAUUCAGUAGUACUGUUGUUGCAAAUUCUGCCGUACAUUGCAGUUCAAUUUGGGCAUUAUGCGCUCUACGUUGUAUCUGAGAUCGCAAUGUUCAUUUUGACCUGUGUUAUGGCGGCAGUUGGCUCCGUAGUGAGUGCGACCGUCACUACGGCUUGUGUGCUGUCGCAGUUUCUCUUCGGUCAGCCGGGGGACGUGUACACCGGAUUAGUAAUCCUACUGCUGACAGCGAUCAUCUUGAAGAUUGCUGUUCGUGCAAGAGCACAUCGAACCGUGUGGCGACGUGCCUUGCGUCUUGUCAACGCCAUCACAUAUUGGAAGCCACAGCGGCGGCGGCAAUCCAACGGAAUGAGAGAAAGUCCAUCGCCUCCUCCAUUUACGAUGACUUUGCGACGAACCACUGCACUACGCAGGGACAGAAUGAAUCGCCUCGAGCAAGAACUUGAACAGGAACGAGAAAAACAGCUUUGCGUUGUGUGCCUAAAUGAGGCACGUUCUGUCAUCCUUCUGCCUUGUCGUCAUUUUGCCCUGUGUACCCAGUGCCUUGGAACACUGUUUCAGCAGCAGCAACAGACAUGUCCGAUGUGUCGACAUACUAUUUAUGAAGCAAUUCCUGUGUAUGCUUGAACAUUUUCAAGAGCUGACUCAUUUCCUUGCAAGUACUAGAGGUUUCAGGAAACCUUUUUUUUUCUUUUUUUGUGUUGUUUUUAUGCCUUUUGUUAUGUGUUUGUGUUUUGUUAUGCCUUUUGUGUUACAUCAAGGUUUCAGAGCAUGAACACAUUUUGUGUACUGUGGUGCAUACCCCACAAUAGGUCUCCUCGAUUUGGCUGCACCUUUUGCACUAAUUCAGAAAAGUGUCGUGCCAGUGCAGCGCCAGUUCUUGAAGCGUGAGUGUAGCGCGACACUAGCGCUUUCGGUGCAACGGUCAAAUCGAGGAGAAAAGUGCAGAAACGUACAGGCCUUCGUCUGCUGCGACUGGGCGGCUGUGGCUUUUCUUUCAUUGGUGUGUCAUUAUUCAACAAACAUAACCAAGCGUGGUUUCCACACCUUUCUGAAUCAUAUAUGGCACAACGUUUCAAACGACUGACCGAUGUGGUUUCGCUCAAACUUAACGUCGAGGUAGCGGUAAGCUCGUGAAAAUUAAUACAAACGACUGUGACCUGAGGGAAAAUCCCGGCCUUCAGUGCACUUAGCAGCAGUUGAAUCCGGAAAGCGCCCUUAACAAGAUGCUGCAUACACAUCCUCAAGGAAACUGGCGUCCGUGCUGCGUUACUAAUAGCAGGCGCCGUUGAUGCCGUCUACCAACACCCACAUGGCCACGGAGCCGCAUGUGUCGUCUGCUAUCAAAAGCCUUGCACUACGUGCACGAGAAAAGACCUUGCGGAGAGUCUAGUGCCGAAGUGUACAUGAACUCGUGCAGCACGACGUCAAAUCGAGUGCCGAAGUGCAGGUGGCGCUUGCUGCACUGGCAAAUCGAGUGCUAGAGUGCUGCACCCCCUGAACUAGUGAAGAAAGUGCAGCCAAAUUGAGGAGACCUAAUGUAAAUAGCAAGAGGAACGCUAUCAUGUUUGACAUAUGCAGACUUUUUUGUGCUUUGUGCGAGGGCAUUUAGCAUUGACAGUGUUCCAUCUGUAUUGAAAUUCCUGUGUUUUACCUUAUCUAAGACUGAAGGGUAUGUUCAGUCGGCCACUGUGUGACUAGGAUACAGCAGAACCCUGUUGUAGAAGCUUUACUCAAGCCGAGCAGGUUUCUCUAGUACUGAAUGAAACUUUUGUUGAUUAGCUUGUCCAUAAAUGACAUGAACGUAGCUUAACCAGUAUGGGUUAGUUUUGUUGACCCAUGCUGGUAAACUGGGCACCAUGGGAGUAUGUACAGCAGACUGCAUGAGCUACCAGUGAUGAUUCAGUUAACCAUUGCCCGGAAAAAUGCUGCAGUGCAUCAUUUGUCUGUAUAGCCAAUGCCAAUGGCUUGGUUAUCGAACUUUCUUUGUUUGCUCCGAUGGAGUACAUUUCUCUUGCUUGUGUUUAUGCAAUGGGCUGUCUUGCUUUGGCUGUUAACUGCCUUGUGUCCAAUUCUAAAGUAAUAUGUUCGAAUAGAAAGCAGGAAAUAUAAGUGCACAUAGUGUUUCAUUCACUAAAAGUGGAGCAUUACUGUUCUUGACUUAUUUAUAGUGUUUUAUAAAGGGUCUGACAACUGAUCAAAGUGUGCUACGAGAUUAUGAGGGAAAUGAAAAUAAUGUACUUUAUUUACAUUAAUAGAAUCAAGACAGGAUAUGAGCCAUUUAAGGUGUAAUUAUCAUUUUAAAUUGGCACAUUAGUGUAAAACUGCAUUCUUAACAACAUACUGCCGUGAAGCUGUUAAAACACUAGAGCCUCCUGCAUGAUCACAAAUUGAUGCUAGUAACUUAGCUGUCAUUAAAUGCGCUACACUUUUUGUUUAAAAGUGUUUGUUAUAUUUUAUAUGCAUUUGUAAUAUCAGUGUGUACUGCAAUGUAAAGAAAAAAGGUUUAUAUUUACAAUUGACGCUGUCUGUCAUGGCAAUGACUGAUACAGUAGCAUCCCUCAUUGCAUGGCAAUGUGCAAAAUUGGUUUUGUGUGCCUGAGUUAGCAAGUCCUCCUCAUUGUAUUAUCUCCCAGUGAGAUACAGAAUGCCCAUAAUUUACCCGCUAUGGUUACUUACUGGCUUUGGCAUUGCACUGCUAAGCAUGAGGUCAGGGAGUAGCAAGUACAUGUAUAUAUUAUUAGAAAUAAUUCAACAGUUCUGAAGGCAUAAGUACAAAAGGAUCAUCAAUGUAAACAAAUAUAUAUUCUUGCAGCUUCACUUGGCUCCUGGCACAAUUUAGGUCAAGAUUUUGAUGGAAGCCUAAGGACCUUGAUGGGAAAAGCCGUAAAAAGGAUGCCAACUACAGAAAAAAAUUAAACAAGGUCAUGUUGGCUUCCCUGACCCUUCAGCUCCUAUCAGGUUAGCCAAAACAUGUUGUUCUUUUUUUUCUUUUUUUUCUUUUGUUUUUGUGUGGUCAGGGUCUUUUUUACUUAUUGUCAGAGUACAAUUGGCAUCACACUUGCUUCUCUGUUUCCAUCAUAGGACUACACGUUCAUGACUUCAAAGAUAAUGAUUAUUAAUAAAUAUGUUCCAGGGUGUUUACCACCCAGCUGCUUGUAGGGGUUGGUCACUCAGGAUGGUAAACAUUCCACUACAUUUUGAAAAUAGGUACCGUAUAAAGAUUAGUUGUCAGCCCCAUUAAGCAAAUGAAGCAUAAUGUUUUUUUGUUGGUGAACUGAGGGACACUUGAUCUCUGCUGUGAUGAACAAAGUAUUAUUUUGGCAUACAAAGAGUAUUGCAUUGAAAAUCACUGCCAUUUUAAGGAAAUCUGUAUAUUGACCAUGCAAGAGUGCAUAGGCGUCAAUAAAGUGUCUGUCCCAAAAAGUGAGCCCUGCUUUUCGUGCACAUUGAUCCUGCAGGACUGCAUGCACCAAAGCUUUAUAUGUCCAUUGUAGCAAGUUCUUUGUUUGUUUGUUUUAUUUUUUUUUGUACUGUACCUGACAAUUCGUUUUGAUAAUAUUUUAUUUGGUUGUCUCCAAAACACUUUACCUGCCAUGAUGGCCUAGUUGCUUUGGUGUCGCGCUGCUAAACCCGAGGGCCCAAAAUUAAAUCUCGGCCACUGUGGCCGCAUUUUGAUGUGGGCGAAAUGCAAAAACACCUGUGUACCGUGUGUUGGGUGCAGAUUAAAGAGCCCCAGAUGAUCAAAAUUAAUACAGAGGCCCCCACUACAGCAUGGCUGAUAAUCAUAUGGUGGUUUUGGCAUAAAAUCCCAGAAUAUAAUUUUUUAGAAAACCUUAAGUGCAUUGGUUUUUGUUUUUAAUUCAUUUUGGCACAGAAGCAUUUCAUCAAUGUGUCUUCUAAUAACUUCCUGUGCAACACCUAUAAUGACAUCCACAUAAUUGCUGCUACACAUUUACAUUAAUGAGAAAGGUUUAGAGGGAAUAGAUUGCCAACAGUUGUUUCCCAGUCACGUGGCAGUUUACAUUGCCAGUGUCUUGGUUCAUUUACCCGAAAUUUCGCUGACCAUUUGUACUGGCCAUUUAGUCACGUAAUUUGCAUCUUCAUAGCUUUCACUGUUCGUUAUGUUUGAUCUUGUGUUUGGUCUUCUUUUGAAUAGGGAAGUGCUUCAUGGUUCAGUCUCUUUUAGUUUACUGCUAGCACACAUCAAAAUUGUGGUAUGCUUAGUACAGGUUCCCUGAAUAGGCUCAAAAGGUUUUUUAUGUUCAAUAUCUUUCUCAAAAGCUUUCUGCAGUCACUUUGUUUGAUUCCCAAAUCAAAUACAGAUACAGUUUGGAGAUUGUUAGGACGGUGUUUUAGGGGCGGAGGGCAAGAAGAGCUGUCAAAUUGUGCACUUGCUUUUUAAUAAUGGGUUAAGCUAUGAAUUAAAAUUGUCAUGCAGCUGAUCACUGCGGUUACAAAGAAAAUUAUGGCGUGUGAGGAGAGUCGGUGUAAGGGAAACUGCCAUAGUGAAGUUUGUAUCAAGUGCCAUGUAUAUGUGUGAAGACCAAAAAUUUUUGUUGCAAUUUUGUGUAUAAAGACUUCGUGCAAACUUUGUGGUGGUGUUCUGCAUAUAGAACUAUAUUAUCUCCAAUAAACUCCAUAUGUUGUAUAUUUCUUAAA